AGUGUCUACGAGCAUAGAUUUAAUAUACUAGUAUAUUUAUUAUUUAAUCUAUGCUACGAGGUAAUGACACAGAUUAAAUAAAUUUUAUUUAAUCUGUGGUAAUAACUUAUAUAUAUACCUAUAUGUUCCAUGUAUAGGUAUUUAAUAUUUUUUCAAAGACGAAAUAUGUAGACGAUUUUCUUGUCUGUCCAACAUAAGAUCCUAAAAUCAAGCCGAAGAAGAUGAUAAACAUUGAAGCUGAUUGCGUUAAAGCAGUGAACAUAUAUAUGCAAGUUAAAGCUGAGUCAAACAAUUUUAUCAAAAAAUUUCCAGAAUGGGAUACACUACCGAAGACGCUUGACAACGAACUAAUAAUAGCUAUUCGAGAGCGAGACGCUGCAAAAACCCGCCUAGAAAUCAAGCGCAAAGAAAAAAAAGCGUUUGACCGGGAGAUGAAGGAAAAGUGGAAAGAUCUAGAGCAGAAGCUUAAAGAACUACGUGAAGAAGAGUUGAGACACGAACAGUUUUCUUUGGAAAACGAAUCGAAAUGUGAAAUACUCACGAGGAAGACAAACGAAGACAACGAAGAAACGAAACGCUACGAACAGCAAACCUUACCGAUGCAGCAGUCAAUAUUAAAGCUCGAAGAGGCCGCCGAAGGGAUGCAACGUAGCGUGGAUGAGUUGAAGCCAUUCGAAGAUUUCCUCGAAAAAGUUGUGGAGGAGUCAAAAGAGUUUAGAAACAUAGAUGACGUUAUAAAGAGAUACGAAAACUUGACCAAUAUACGGAAAGAAUUAGCUCAAAAACACGAAAAGAAGACUGCGGAUUUGAAACGGUUAACAACGGACGUGUUUAGACGUUCAAAGGAAACGAGCGAAGAGGCUGAGCACGUUUCUGUCGAAAUGGCUGAUGUCGUUGAAUCAUUGGGGAAAAUGAAAGACGAGAUGAUCAAGACUGACCUGGCUUAUCGCAAGAUCGAAAACGUUGCCAAAGAAAAGAAAAUCGAGGGUGAUUUGGUGGCCGCAUCUGUGUGGAAUAUCUAUAAGCAAAUGUGUCGGCGGGUAAAAAAAUCUGUACCCAACAAAAUACCGGACAUAGAAACUCAAUUGGCGUUCAUUGCCGAGGAAUAUCAACAGCUGACCAAAGUAUUGAACAUGGCUGAGAAAAUCAAAGAAAAAACCAACAAAAGGGAGAUUCUGAGAAACUGAAAGGCCAUGCUGAUGUAUAGUGAUGUAUUCAUAAGCGUAGGUAGGUCAAAUUUUUUGGAGAGCUAAAGGCAGACAUGUAAAGACUCGUGGGGGGCUUAGCCCCCCCCAAAUCCCUCAACAAGUGUAUAUAUCUGCAAAUAUCUUCAUCAUAAAAUACAAAUAACGUGUGACAAUCUAAGGUUUUAUUAUAAUAUUCUUUUUUUUUUUUUUAUGUGUUUUUUUACUUAUAAAAUUAAACGUUUAUUUUCUUUAGAGUAUAUCACUAAAAUAUCAUUAGAAUUGAUACUGUUUGAUAUAUAUCUUUCAAUAUUGAUAAUAGCUAAAGACGAAAAAUAAUCAUGACUCAUGAUGGUGGACGGUGUAUAAGUAUUAAUUCUUCGCAUGGUUGAAAAGGACCUUUCACAAGACGCUGAAGAAAUUGGUAUACUUAAAGCCAACGCCAAGUUCAGUAGUUUGUACAGGUUGGGAAAUGUUUCACUUUAAAUGUAUUUUUAAUAUGAACUUAUUUUUAGAUUUUUAGUUUCUGAACCCUCUUCUUUCCCCAGGCAGUUUUUAUCUACUAUAAUUUUCCCUUAAGGACAUAAUAUCGACAAAUGAAAACAACGCACUAUUGUAUAAUAUUUUAUAACUUAUAAGAAAUGUAAUGAAUAAAAUGGCCUAAAACAUAUACAAUUGAUUUUAUCCAUAUUUAAUUAUCGUACAAAUUAUUGGUUUGAAUAUUUUUUAAAUUUAGAUGGCCCGAAGUUUUUGGAGGGGAGGCUAUUAUUCAAACUGGGAGGGGGGCUAAGCCUUGUUAGUUUUCGUUCAGCUAACUCAUAAUAUAAUAAUUAUAAUAAUCUUUAUUUCUUGCAAAACAACAAUAUACAUAUUAUUAUAUGUAUAUGACACAAUAAAUUAUACUGCAAGCUGCAAACUCCCCUAUAAGCAUAAUGAUUGUGGUGGAGAUGAAUAUUAUUUGGUAUUACUAUGUUAUUAUAAUGUAUUAUAAAUGUAUAACACUAUAUUGUCGAGUAUGAACAUGAUUCUUGUGUUUUUCUCAUGUACCUACAUGGGUAUACAAAUAUUUUUAUUGUAAAUGUGCACAAAUGCAUUUAAAACGUUGUAGGUAUAAUAAUAGCAUAAAUAACGUUUCGGGUUAUCUUUAUACCUGCCAGUAUUUUAUUAUGUUAAAAUAGAGUUAUGAAUACAAUAUGAUAUUAUGACAUCGGUUUAGUGACGGCUGACGGGUAGAAACUAAAAAAAUGGUUUAAACAUUGAUUCACUUUUUUUUUUUAUUAUUUACUCUAUUUUAAUGGGACAAUUUUUCAUAUUGGUCCUAUAGGCGUUUAUUUCUCACGGCGUACAUAUUAUUACUUAUAUGAUUUAUUUGAAAAUAAAAUUGAACACGUUCCAUAAUUAUUUAAAUUUUAAUACACGUAGUAUAGAUUAUAUAGAUUUUUAUACCAUCGUUAACAUAUAAAUAUAUUUUAGAGCUGUAUACACGUUUUUUGUUUCUGACCGAUUUUUCGUGUAUGGUUUUCAUUGUCAUGGCUCAUGGUUACUUGUUAACAAGAAAAUAUUAAAGUUUAAAGAUUCUAGAUUUUUCUUGUGAAGAAAAAAUAUCGAGUUGCGUGCUAUGGUUUACUUUUGUAUGUUUCAGCAUCAUUAUUACAUUUUCAUAACAUCUUAUUCAAAUAUCUUACCUAUAUUAAGAAUUUAUAGUCUUUAAAUUGUGCUCUCCUAACGAAGAAAAAAUAUUAUAGCCCUAUAAGUAGAUAUGUCGAAGUGUACCUAUUACAAUUUAAAAUUAUUAUACUUUAACAAUUUACAAUAAAGCCAAUAUAGAAUAGGACAUAAUAUCAUAUUAUUAGAGGUAGGAUGAGGAAGAAUAAUUACUCUUUAACCUUUAUUAUCA